CACUUCUUCAUUUUGAGGUCAGCUUCAAUGGCACACCGGCGCCCUCUGGUGCCUCCAUCCUAGAGGAACAAAUAUAGAAAUGUGUACUGUGUACCACACGCAACUGCAGAUUAUUUAUAAGACUUGUAUCAUUUCUAUUUACACUGGACAGGUUUCCCCAAUGAUUGUUCCCCGCAAUGUGUAUUUUUGUGUUUUACAGGUUUAGAGGUAUGUACUUACAAAGAGAGACAGCAGAAAAGCAGGGGAGGACAUGGAGAAUGCAUCCUGUGAAAAGCAGAUGUACAUCAGUACUGGGAUUUUAAGAUAAUGUUCCAAAGAGUACAAGAGUUGGUAGAAGAAGGCAUUGUAUUGUACAGUGAAAGCUUUGUAUAUGCUACUGUGUGGCCAUUUUUAAUCUUACUAUUCCUAUUACUAUUACUAUUAACACUGCUGAUUCCAACUGUUUGCUGCUCAGGCGCAGUAAAUAAACGUUGCAGAUAUCAUGUUCUAAUUGCUUCUGUCAAAAUCUUAGUGUUCUACCUUGUCAGUGGAGUCCUGUCGCCGCAGACCCUCACGACCUCUCAAAUUCUUGGCGCUGAUACCGGACUCUGAGGUUUCCAUGAUGAGCUGGGUGGCCAAAAACUGCUGGAUCUGCUCCAGGACAUCUCGCUGCAUCUCCACGGCCAUGUGGUACACAUCGUGAUCCAAGCUGUUGUACAUGACAGCGUUCUGAAACAUCAGCAUGAUGUCCCGCUGGAACUCGGCUGUGGUUCGCAUAGAACCGCUCUCGAUGUUCUUCUUGAUGGUGGCCAGAUCCAUGGGCCUGCACAACAAAAGAACCUGUGAGCUGAGCAACGCAUUUUGCCAACACCCAACACCAAGCAUUACAGGCCAGUAUGUUAUGCAAUGUUUUUUUCAUUUUUUUUCAUUUUAUGAAUUAUUUCUGUUAUUACAUAGGUGAUGUCGCUAUUACCAUCCCGUCUACAAAACAGCAGAAAUACAAGCCUGUUUACUGUUCGAAAUCAUAAACCCAAGAAGAGCUGUAGUAGAAGUUGCACUUACCUGUGCACAAUACCAUGAUAUCCUGGUGCAAUUUCUUCUGUCACUGGCUGCAGGAAGACAUUUGCAUACCUGCGUGGCGAAUGAAACAGAUGAAAGAAAUGUAGGCACAAAAGAAUCACGUUUCAGACAUUUUCGCUUCGAAAAAAAUUGUGACUUGAUGAAAGGAGGACAGUCUUAUUUAGUUCUGCAUUGACGCAUCAGUACAACAUUAGUGCAACCUGAUGCUCCUUCAAAUUCAAUUUAUACUUUUAAUCUGAGUACCGAGCAGCCACAUCAUGAUCAGUCAUCAGUUUUCUGACCUGUGAUUGGCUGCUGCCCUCCAAACCAACAUGAUGGCCUUUUUCCAGAUCUUGUGAGCCUGUAGAGCUUCCAGGUCCUCACUGCACAAAGAGCUGCAAACACAAUACAGUUACUAUGUCAGAAUGGAAACACCUAACGUGCAUGGUGUACCCAUGUGACGAGCUGGUAAUGAAAAAUAACAUGCUACAAUCGUGUGUGCAUGUGUGUGCAUGUGUUUGCUGCAACUCACAACUGUGAUGAGGCAGGGCUGCUGGGGAUGGAGUCGGCCGUGGUGUGGAGCUGCAGUGAUGAUGAUGCAGUGUGGAGGCUGCACGCAUCUUCGCUCUCGCUGGCCGCACGCUCCAUCUCCAUCUCGCCAUCAGCUUCUGAUGAGAACCCGUCCACCCCGUCUCCAUCUUCUUCUUCCUCCUCAUCAUCUUCAUCUUCUUCAUCCUCUGGCCCGUUAACCUCAUUAUCCACAUUAGUCCCUGAGGCGUUUUCUUUGCUGGCGACGCUUCUUCCACUCUCUUCCUUUAUGUCCUGCAAAGAUAGAUGAUGAGUCUCAAACAACAAGACAGCAGAUGAGUGAUGUGGUGACCCAUACCUUCUCAUGCCUUUCUGUCACUGGGCAAUCUUUUAACAGUGAUUCUGCAAAAAUAGUACACCAUUCAUUAGGUACACCUGCACUUUUAAAUGAGAUUAAAUACAAGCGCUUGUCAAAAAUGUGAUUUGAUUUGAUCAUGGAUUACAAUAUGCAGUGCCAUAGCGUCAAAUCAGUCAUAGCAUGGCACAAGGCAGUUGAACACACUCAGUGUUGCAUGCAUUUGCAUACCUUCACAGGGGUUAUCAGACCUUUGCUGAGCCCACUUCUCUUCUAAAGAAAUGUGGCUUUUAUGGUGCACCAUCUCUGCUGUGUCUCUCACAGCCUUGGGCUGUUCAGUUGCUUCACUGUGGCAGCGCGCCGAACCCCUGGAAUUGGAUGAGGAGGUGGGCGGAAGGCCACUCAGUACCUCUGGGGUUUCUGCUUCACAGUUAUCCUGACUACUGUACACAGAAGCUGAAGUUUCGCCCUCAAUGUCCAAAUUUUCAGCAUUCUCUGUCAGGCUACAGAGAGAUGAGGAUGAUGGGGCCGCUGUGGGCUCCAAGCAGUGAGCCUCUUGGGUGUGCAAGGACUCAGUCUGCCAGGCGCCAGGCAGCGUGUGGCCAUUCUCUUCACAUAGGAAGAGAGCAGCCUCCACUGCAGCUGCAUCUAGAGCAUCUGCAGCCUGGAGAAGAGGGCACACGUCACUCUUGCAAUCCUACAUUCAACCGCUAAUUACCUUGAUGUUGUGAAAAUACAUAAUAUGUGCACUGGUUGUCAUAUUUUAGCACCUUGUCCUCAAUGAUGGCAAUGAUGUCCCCCACCGUCUUCAGGUCAAGUUCAUCUCCCAUGUAGGAAACUGUCACAUCCUCCUCGCUCAGCUCUGAAAGUUUAACACCUGUAGUAGGCGGCUGGCACCCAUGGGACGCAGUUGGCACCAUCACAUCCACAUCUGCAUAUGAUUGACACCAACAAUAUUAUAUAAUGGAAAUCACACAUUUGCCAGUUUUAAAGAAAAAGAGCGUCUGAAAUGGAAAAAUAAAGUGUCACUGAAGAUGAAGAUAAGGAUUGUUGUGAAUGCGGGUGAGACCUGAACAUGCUGAGGCAACAGUCUUCACAGGAGCUGGGGUGGUGAUGGAGGUAGGAUCAGUGUUGACCAUGAAGCCUAACUGGGUCGAGAACUGUGUGGGACCCGCUUCCAGGAGACGAGACAACAUGGGAGCACCUGCCAUGAAGGUAACAUCAUCAAGUGUGUCAACUUGUGUUGGAUUUCUAUACACACAAUAUGAAAUCAUUGUCUAUGCUGGUAUACCUAAACAAAUGUCCGGUGAGUGUAUUUGUACCUGAUGCAGGAGAGAAGGGUUGACAGGGUAGAGCCAGCUGUAAGUCAUGUGCUGCUGUCAUAUUACCAGUGGACACGUCACGCUCUCCCGUCUGUAAACAUUUUAAACAACAUUUUUUUUCUUUAUAUAGUGAUGACAUAUUUGUAAAUACAGUGGAACCUCUGUUUUUGUUAUUAAUCCAUUUCGCUCAUUCAAUUAAGGUAAAAUCGUUGCCUUGUUUUCUACAUGUAAAACUUCAUGAAUAGUACGUUUCGGUUUUAUUUUUUUUCCUCCCCAUACAAAAAUCACGCAAAUCCAAAUACAGUAAUACGUUCUCGACACCGAAAAACACAUUUUAUGGAGAAAAAUGAAAGUCAUCACGGAACUAAACAAAGCGGAGUUAGCAUACUCUUCAUAUUCAAUGUUCAUCAUUAAUAUUGUUGUUGAAGCCGGACUAUGCUUGACUAUAUAAUGCCUUGCCGGCAUUUGAAAAUAACAGUUUUAAGUUACGUGUUUUAUUUAGCACUUCAUUGUUGAUUUACUGUAUGUGAUGCGUUAAUUUGCUGUGGAUGUGUUGUUUUUGUGUGGCCAUCCCUGGUCUAUAGUGUCCUAAGUCUAAAAGAACCACUAUACAUUCUUCACAUAAACUGAGUCACUAAGAGUGGAUGCAAACAAAAUAGUUAGGUACACAGUUUGGCUGUACUGAGACAGUGUACAAAACCAAGACAUAUUUAUGGCAUUAAUUUUUGUGCAAAAACUUAAACAACCCUUUAAUAUAAAUUUUAACAUUGUCGUUCCUCCGCCUACCAGUCUAGACGUUGUAGCCAAGAUAUUGCCUUUCUUCAGUAGCUCAGAGAGCAGUGGAGACGGAGGCGGGGUGCCUCUCUGGGACAAGAGCUUCUUUUGGGUGGGGUCAUCCACUAGGGUGGGGUUCUCGUUACCAGAGCCAGAAGAGUCUGCAAAUGACAUCAACCUGGAGGAUCCUGAGGCCUAAAGACAGACAGAGCGAGAGCGUGGGAGAAGAAUAAAUGUCGGGGACUUACAUCUUUUGUGGAGGAAAAAUCUGGAGUCAAGCAUGGGAGAGGAUCACCUGAUGGAAACUCCACGCUCGUUUGGAGUCCAGAUGACCAGCUUGAAUGAGUUCUGACUCUCUCUUCAGCGUCCUGCAGAGGACAUGCUUUGGAGUGGCUGUAUCAUCUCAACUUGGACUGGGCAUAAUCAUCUAUGAAUCAAUCAUUAUGCUGGCGGUCUUGACAGGAUGUCUAACAACAUGGCCAAGAUUGCGGAUGCUCGAAAGACGGUAGAGCAGUUAAAGCUGGAGGUCAACAUAGAGAGGAUGAUGGUGUCCAAAGCAGCAGCGGAACUGAUGGCCUACUGUGAAGCCCAUGCCAAAGAGGACCCUCUGGUUACACCUGUACCUUCCUCAGAGAACCCUUUCAGAGAGAAGAAGCUAUUCUGUGAGAUACUUUAAAGCUUAUACAAAAUAUUUGUAGAUUCUCUUUGUCGUUUAUGUAUGCAUUUUACAUCUGGUGACUGUGUGUUUGGUUCCUGUAACUCACUCAUAUGUUUGAAGAUGAUAAUGGCAAUAAAUACUUUUUUUUCUGCAAACGGAGUGCAAAGUUCAUUUAAAUAAGCAGCGGCGGCCUUGCCAUGUGUUCACACAGUGCCACUUGAGCUUAUA